UCUGAAGAUGCAAGUAAACUGAAGCCUUAUAUAGGGUGUUAUGUGGCCCUAGAUGCAGAAAAUGAGCUGCUGAAACCUGCCAUCUAUUCUGAUAAUCGGAAGUUGCAUGCUAAGAUGGGCAUGAACCACCCCCAACUCACUGCAAUGCUUUGCCCCAUUAGACACCUUGCAGCCUACCAUGAGAAUCCCCAAAAAGUACAAGAACAGCUGCAAAAUGGUCAGGUCAAGAUGCAUGCAGCUGUGUGGCCCACAUUCACAUAUGAGGGCAACUUACCUGGACAAGAUUUCGAUCCACUCAACAUGCAGGAUGGCCUUUUCAAAGGUUAU